UUUAGCUAUUUUAAUAACUUCUCUUUCCAUAUACUGUUUGAAUGGCAGGAAUAUAUUCAACAAAGUAAAUUCCGCACUGGAGGCACUUCCUGUAGUUAUAGAAACAAAUCACAAACCGCUAUUAUAUGACUAGUUUUUCCUUACUAAUUUUUGGGCAAGUAUUUCUACAAUGUACUAAUGUAAAUUAGAGAUAUCUUGCAUUUUCCAAUCCUUUUGUAACCUCGAAUUUCUUAAGCUCCUCAAACAUCAGAGAGCUCUGUCCCAGUUGAGAGACUGUCUUUCACAGAGGGGAAGAUUUGCAAAGGAGUUAACUUUAGGAGACAUUGAAUAUUAAAUAAACUAGGCUCCGAAUUCCUUGUGUUUCUUCUCUAGAUCCUUCACUGCUGUUUGGAGCGUAUUUCCAUUUAAAAGGACAGAAAUGGAGAAGAAACGGUGCCACUUCCAAGUGCUGUGGCCUGUUCUGCCCUCUAGUCAAGCAGAACGCCUCGUGAAAGCCCUGGGGCGGCGGGGAGGAGGUAGUAUGUCCACUAAGUUUCCCCAGGUCUAAGGUGUAGCUGGUCCUUCCGCGCGCAAACGCAAACAGCGGCGUCAGAAAUGAUAACAGGCGUCCGCCGCCGCGGAGCUUCUGGAAACGGAGAAGGGCCUCGGCGGGGAAGGCCGGGGCCGGAUGUCCCCGGCCUUGCGGAGCCUCUCGGCGCCGUCCAUACUGAUGAGCCCCUGGGCUGACACAGGAAGGCAGAGCGAAGGCGGAGCGGAGGAGGCAGAGGAGGCGCCGAGGAAGGCGGCCGAGCCGUGCACCCGGCUUUGACGUCGCCCAGCUGCGGCUAGCAGCUCGCGCUCUCAGCACGUAGCGCACAACGUGACCACACUCAGCCUUCUUCUCCGGCAGCCCGGCCGCCUGCUCGCGGCUUCUCCCGCCUCCUCCUCCUGUUCGCCUCCGCGGCGCGCACCCCCGCGCAUACCCAGGGAUUCCGGCCGGCGUCGGGCCCCUGGAGCUCCGCUGCCCCGCCCGGGCAUCUGUGCCGCAGCUGGGGCCUGAGCAGUGGCCACGCAGCCGGGGUCCUCCUCUGGCGGCCGCUCCUGCGUUCACCUCUGGAUGCCAGCACUCCGUUAGCCGAGGCGGGGAAGCCCUUCUGCGGCUCCCUCCUCUAAACUCCCGCAGGUCCCCACCGCCCCCACCCCUUCACCUGGCGGGGGAGGAGCGGAGGAGAAGAGGACGCGCGCGGUGCCGGUGGGCACGCGUAGACGUGUGUGCGGAUCCGGUCUCUGCUUGGCAUUGUCCCGCUCGUGCAAGUGACGGUGCCUGGACUCUGCUUUUGGCUCCCGGAAUUGGUGCGGCCGGCCUGAGCCCUCUUUUCGCUGGUGGGGCGCUAAAGGCUGUUUUGGAGAACCGUGGCGACGGCGGCGGCGGCGGCGGCUGCGGCUGGUGCCCGAGAGAGCUCCAGACGCACACUCCGCUCCCAGGCUGUCCCUCUCCCCCCUUCCCUCUUCCCUUCCCUUUCUUCCACCCCGGCCCCUUAGCCCCACUCCUCCUCUGCCUCCUCCUCUGCCUGCUCUCCCCGUUUGGCGAUGCGAGCCUGUACCGUGUAGCAGGAUUGGCGUUGCAAUGGCAACUGAUGGAAUGGGGGAAGGCAAGACAGCAGGGCUGGGGGCUCCGGACUGCGGGCGGGCGGGCCGCUGCCGCCGCUUGACGCUUCGUCGGGGACCUUCGCGAGUUACUUUGUAAAGAAGGAACCAGUCGAAGAAGCCCUUGCUCCGUGCCCCGAGUCCGAGGCCACUUCCUGCUCCUUGGCUGCCUGCGCCAGGCUCGCGCCGCUCGGCACCCGGACCCCUGCCCGCCGCCAGUUCAACGCGCCGCCGCCGCCGCUGCGGAGACUCGAGCCCGCCACCCUGAAGAACACAUCCCCUCACGGCUCCGGUGCCAUCACGCCCCCUGCUCCUCCCCGGCGCCUGCGAUUUUCCCAGGCGCCCGGUGUGAGUGCGGCGUGCGUGCGAGUGUGUGUCAGGGUAUUGUGUUGUGGGAGUGUGUGUGUGUGUGUGCGCGCGUGUUUGAAUGAGUGUAGGGUGUGCGGGGCUCCUGCGCUCCGCUCGCGGCCGCUGCGGGGGAAGGACGGACGGACGGCGCUUCCCUUGGCGAGCGGUUCCCGGGCAUCUCGGCUUGGCCCGGGCGCGAGUAGAGCGCGCCCGGCUGGCCGCCGGCCUCCGGAAGGUCCCGCUGCGUCCCUCCUGGGCUGGAUAUGUUCAUGUUCACGUGAAGAUGGAUUUAGUGUACGGUCUCGUGUGGCUGCUGACAGUCCUCCUGGAGGGGAUCUCUGGCCAAGGAGUAUACGCCCCCCCGACGGUUCGUAUUGUGCACUCAGGCUUGGCCUGUAACAUUGAGGAGGAGCGCUACUCGGAAAGGGUCUAUACCAUACGGGAAGGAGAAACCCUAGAACUGACCUGUCUGGUCACUGGACAUCCACGUCCACAGAUCAGGUGGACCAAAACAGCAGGAAGUGCCUCUGACAGAUUCCAAGACUCAAGUGUAUUCAAUGAGACUUUGAGGAUUACAAAUAUUCAGAGACACCAAGGAGGCCGUUAUUACUGUAAAGCAGAGAAUGGCUUGGGAUCCCCAGCAAUAAAGUCAAUCAGAGUGGAUGUGUACUAUUUGGAUGAUCCAGUAGUAACUGUUCAUCAAAGUAUAGGUGAAGCUAAAGAACAAUUUUACUAUGAGAGAACAGUGUUCCUCCGGUGUGUUGCCAAUUCUAACCCACCUGUUCGGUAUAGCUGGCGACGUGGCCAGGAGGUGUUACUACAAGGAUCUGAUAAAGGAGUUGAGAUUUAUGAACCCUUCUUUACCCAGGGUGAAACAAAGAUCUUAAAACUAAAGAAUCUUCGACCUCAGGACUAUGCUAAUUAUAGCUGCAUCGCUUCAGUGAGGAAUGUAUGUAAUAUUCCUGAUAAGAUGGUGUCAUUUAGACUUUCCAAUAAAACAGCAUCUCCGUCAAUUAAGCUCUUGGUGGAUGAGCCUAUAGUUGUAAAUCCUGGAGAGGCCAUAACAUUAGUAUGUGUUACGACAGGAGGAGAGCCUGCACCCUCUCUUACCUGGGUCAGGUCCUUUGGGACCCUGCCUGAAAAGACUGUUUUGAAUGGAGGGACUUUGACCAUACCCGCCAUCACCUCAGAAGAUGCUGGUACUUACAGCUGCAUUGCCAAUAAUAAUGUGGGAAAUCCUGCAAAAAAGUCCACCAACAUUAUUGUGAGAGCAUUAAAAAAAGGACGAUUUUGGAUCACACCAGAUCCUUAUCACAAAGAUGACAAUAUCCAGAUUGGGCGUGAGGUGAAAAUAUCUUGCCAAGUAGAAGCUGUUCCUUCUGAGGAGUUAACGUUUAGUUGGUUUAAAAAUGGUCGUCCAUUAAGAAGUUCUGAGCGGAUGGUCAUUACACAGACUGAUCCGGACGUCUCCCCGGGAACGACAAACUUGGAUAUCAUUGAUUUAAAAUUCACAGAUUUUGGGACAUACACAUGUGUAGCAUCUCUGAAAGGAGGAGGAAUAUCUGAUAUCAGUAUUGAUGUGAAUAUAUCCAGCAGUACAGUUCCACCCAAUCUGACUGUUCCACAGGAAAAAUCACCUUUGGUCACCAGAGAAGGAGACACAAUAGAACUGCAGUGUCAAGUAACUGGGAAACCUAAACCAAUCAUCCUUUGGUCUAGAGCGGACAAAGAAGUUGCAAUGCCGGAUGGGUCCAUGCAAAUGGAGAGUUAUGAUGGAACACUGAGGAUUGUGAACGUAUCUAGGGAAAUGUCAGGAAUGUACAGAUGUCAGACCAGCCAGUACAAUGGAUUCAAUGUGAAACCAAGGGAAGCCUUGGUGCAGCUCAUCGUGCAGUAUCCUCCUGCUGUGGAACCAGCAUUCCUAGAAAUCCGUCAAGGACAAGACCGAAGUGUCACUAUGAGCUGCCGGGUCCUGAGAGCCUAUCCAAUACGGGUGCUGACCUAUGAGUGGCGUUUGGGCAACAAACUAUUACGGACGGGUCAGUUUGACUCUCAAGAGUACACGGAGUAUCCAGUGAAGAGUCUUUCCAAUGAGAACUAUGGGGUUUAUAAUUGUAGCAUCAUAAAUGAAGCCGGAGCCGGGAGAUGCAGCUUUCUUGUUACAGGAAAGGCCUAUGCUCCAGAAUUCUAUUAUGAUACCUACAAUCCUGUGUGGCAGAACAGACACCGUGUUUAUUCCUACAGUUUACAGUGGACACAAAUGAACCCUGAUGCAGUAGACCGGAUUGUUGCAUACCGCUUGGGUAUCAGGCAGGCUGGACAGCAGCGUUGGUGGGAACAGGAGAUUAAAAUAAAUGGAAAUAUUCAAAAAGGAGAAUUAAUUACAUACAACUUGACUGAACUAAUUAAACCAGAGGCUUAUGAAGUCCGACUAACUCCUCUCACCAAAUUUGGAGAAGGAGAUUCAACAAUUCGUGUCAUCAAAUAUAGUGCUCCUGUUAACCCUCAUUUGAGAGAAUUUCACUGUGGAUUUGAAGAUGGUAACAUUUGUUUGUUCACCCAAGAUGACACAGAUAACUUUGACUGGACCAAGCAGAGCACCGCAACAAGAAAUACAAAAUAUACUCCAAACACAGGACCUAAUGCUGAUCGUAGUGGCUCCAAAGAAGGUUUUUAUAUGUACAUUGAGACAUCUCGACCUAGAUUGGAAGGUGAAAAGGCACGACUUCUCAGCCCUGUUUUCAGCAUAGCUCCUAAAAAUCCUUAUGGACCGACAAACACUGCAUAUUGUUUCAGCUUCUUCUAUCAUAUGUAUGGACAACACAUAGGUGUUUUAAAUGUCUAUCUACGUUUGAAAGGACAGACAACGAUAGAGAAUCCACUGUGGUCUUCAAGUGGGAAUAAAGGACAACGGUGGAACGAGGCUCACGUUAAUAUAUAUCCAAUUACUUCAUUCCAGCUCAUUUUUGAAGGUAUUCGAGGUCCUGGCAUAGAAGGUGACAUUGCCAUUGAUGAUAUAUCAAUUGCAGAAGGAGAAUGUGCGAAACAAGACCUAACGACGAAGAAUUCUGUCGAUGGUGCUGUUGGAAUUUUAGUACAUAUAUGGCUUUUUCCAGUUAUCGUCCUCAUCUCUAUCUUAAGUCCUCGAAGGUGACCUUAUCCUGGCAGAGGCUGUAAAAGAUUCACCAGGCACUGGCAUGAAGAAAGAGUCUUUGUAAAUGGACAUUGAAAAAACAAACUACCAAAGAUUCCUCCACUGACUACUGACUCAAAAAUAAAUAAUAAAAACAAAUUUUUUAAAGCACUGGGGAUAAAAAGACAUCAUGGAAGUGUAACUUAUUCCAAACUCUAUGUAAAAGAUAAUCUCGACCUGAGUAGAGAGGAGACCUUCAGGUGCUUUUGUGGCUGGAAAGAUUACAGCGUCAUCUGGUCAUCUGGUUGAACUCUGGAAAAAAAAAAAAAAAAGCUAUAGAAAUCCUUGUCAAAGCACAAAGUCAUGGCUGGUUUUGUUUCAAAUGAAUAGUUUGCUUGUUACCAUGGAAACCUAAUGGCCUGCCAACAAAAACCUCACUGUAAACAGGGUACGUGAAGAGCUGGCAUUUAUUUUCCUUUCAAGAAAGUUUUCAGUAGAGAAUUAAAUAAAUGUAGGCCCUGAUACCUUUGGUUGUUACCCUUCCUUGAAAAAAAUCCGAACUCAGAAUUAUUUAAAACAUCACGUUCCUCCCCACCUUAUCCCCAUCCCACCUUCGUUAUUAUUAUUUGUUUUCCUCCCAUGGCUCAGCUAGAUAACUGUAUGCUGUCUCUUUCUGCAUGCACUACUAUCCAGGAUGGCAAACCUGGGCUUACCUAUUACACAGGCUUAUCGGAGUUUGCUUGCGGCCACUUGAACACCCAAACUAAGUCAUCUGUUCCAAUGAAGAAACCAAACCACCAUCUUUUAUAAAUUGCCAUGGAAACCAAGUGCCUUCAAUGAAACAAGCCUGAAUAAUUUUCAACUCAGAAGCUUGCACUGCUAAGAGUGGUUUGUAUAAAACUAUUUUAUAAACAAACUACAGAGCCUAAAUGUGCAAAUGAUAGGCCAGACGACAAGGCCACUUCUGAAGAGGAAAGGAUCGAAGCUGCUGCGUAAGCCCAUGCAGACAAGAUACUUGUUUGACGUCCUAGACAGUCAUGGCCUUUCGGCUUAUUGUCCUUUAGAAAAUAACUUCCACUGAGACCAGUCAUGGGAGCAACACUUUUUUCUUCCAGGUUAUUAAAUGGUCAACCAGAGCAAAAGGUUGUUAAGAUAAUACUUAGUGCAGAAGGUGGUAAACCACCAGAGUGAUUUUUUUACUCUAACCUCCUUUCGGAAAGAGAUUGGCCCUAGCUUUAGAGGGAACAAGAAAAUGUUUGUGAUGGCAGUGCAUACAAACUCUACAGCGGAACUGAGCCUGAAAGAAUCUGGCUUUAUUCUAAACACUGAGGGUAAUAUGCCUCUGCCCUUUAGUCAGACUCUGUGCAAAUUGUGAAAUAUUAUUUUAUUAUUUUACCAAGAUUAAAAAACACUUUUACAAAAAAACAAAAACCUGUAAAAAUGAUUUUGAGCUACCUGAGGACAAAUCAUACCUUUAACCAGCCAGUUUUCCAAUGCAUUGUAAAUUUCACUUAAACCUGUUGGUUAUGAAAAUUUGAACACCUUUUUCCUUAAAUUAUCUCAGCUUUUAACUUCAUUUAAAGACUUUUACUAAAGAAGAGUACUAUUAUUAUUAUGUUUUCGUUCAACACCCCAGUAUUAAAAAAAAAUGAUUAUGCAAGUAAUUGGGAUAUAACUUAAAUUAUAACAUUUGCAAAUAUUAAUAUAUAAAAGCACAACAAUGUAGUGGAAAAUGACAAAGCUUGAUUUAAAAAAUUCUGUAGAAAUGUUUGUGCAAAUUCAGUAAUUCAACUUAAAAGAUAAUUUUACCGCUAUGUUCAAUAAAGCCUCUUUCCAGGUAAGGUAUGAAAAGCAGUAUGUGUGUUUGUUGAGCAACGGUCACUUAUCACCAAAUGAGACUAAGUAUACGAUUUAUAGAUUAUGUUACUAUGGAAUAAAUCUUCAGUUCUUCAUAUACCCUAAUGUCUUCAGGAAGAAGUUUAUAUAGGGACUCCCCAAUACACUCUUCCAUAUUUGUACCACAUGUACAAAAAAAAAAUCAAACUUUUGAAAGUAAAAUAUGAAACAAAUAUGAACUUGGAUUUUAAUGUGUAUUUUCAUAGUUAAAGAGGGAACCAGUGAGAAUAACUAGGUAAUGAUAGAAUUGAGCUAAGUCUAUUAAAUUAAACAAUUAGUAAAGACUUUCAUUUGUUAACUUAUUUGAACAAAUCAGACAUACUGAAUUUUUUUUCCAAAAUUACUGUCACCUGUCUAUUUUAUCAAGCCAAAGAGAUGAAUCAAUAUUUGGGACACUUACAGCUUAAUAUUGACUAAAUCUCACUUCACUCUGACUUCCAUUUUGUGUGGUAGCUAACCGCUUCUCUCCCCUAGCCCAUAUUAGUGGAUCACCCUUUUUAAUUGAUUGUCUGCAUACUCACUGCUGAAAAUAUCAAUAGAAAUACUUUAGAUCUAAAGAGAGGCUUAACUUAUUGCUGCCUUCUUUCCUUGGUCUUUGAUUUGACUGAGGCUUUUGAAAAAAAACUAAAAAAUUUAUAUUCAGAAUAUUUGGAUAUACAUGUAUCCUUUCCAGGAACACAACCAAGUCUCUAUACCUUCUAAGUAACUCUGCACAAAGAAAUUGCUAUAAGUGAAAGUUUCAAUCCUACUAGCAAGCAUUCACAAAAUCCUUCAGUAUUUUCCAUAACCUUUUGCACAAUAAGAAUAUACAACACUUCAGAAAUUUAUGAGAACUGGCUGGUAUUUCACAAAUUAAUUUUGAUUCAAUUUUUAAGAAAUUGUAAAUGAACACCAAGAACAAAGGGGCAGUCAGAACAGCAAAGCAAUCUGAUUUGUUGAUACGGUAAUAAAUUAAAAUAUGUAUCUCAAGUGGAUUCUGGAACAUUUAUAUAAAUCCAUAAACAUAGAUUUAAUGUUUUCACUUAGAUAAAAUCUCAGUUGCUUUAAACAAAUGAAAGAAAAUGGAUAAGUGCAGGAAAUUUUAAAAGGUUGGGAUAAGUAUAAUGUAAACCACAUUAAGUAGUCUGUUCUUUAAUACUAGAAAUAAUAAUGACAACUUUAAAACACCUGUUCACCAACUGCUUCCUUUUCCUAAUAUUUUUAUAUUUAUUAUGAGUUGAACUCACCAACAUAUUCCCUCUUUUUCUUUUUUGAUAACAAAUUGUAACCGAUGUCAAUACUUUUUCAUUCUUGUAUAAGAAGGCAUCAGUCAAUGGAGCUUUUCAAUUUCUGGGAGAAAGAUUAUACCAUGAAAUCUCCCACUGCUAGUAAUUAAUCCCAAUUAAUUUGGAGCAUUAUUCAGUUUCAUCAGUUCAAAGACAUUUGUUUCUCCACAUUUUAACAUCUCUGCCAUCAGGCCUAUUUUAAUUAUAAGUGGUAGCAUCUCUGUGUGGUGAUGUAUAAAAUAAUAGUGCAUCUUAAAACUGAUGGCAUCUUAGAUAUGUUGAAAUUCAUUAAAUUCACUAAAGUUUCCAGAAGUGGCAAAUAAGCCCAAUAAUAUUACUUCUUAACAAACUCAAAAAUGAGAAAAAUGCCCCAUCAUAUUUACAGGAUUUAUAUUAAAUACUCACUGACUAUGCAUUAUUUAAAAGUAACAUAGCUUUUAUUUUGCAUUUUUUAAAAUUGUGUCUUCUCUUAUAUUCAUUAUAUACCUAGCCCUGCUUCCUUUUUUAAAAAUCUUUUUUGCCUGCUACUUAUUUUUUAGUUUCAUCAUGAAUUAUAAUAUGCUAUGUAUACCUGGCUUAUAAUGUUUACUAGCUUCAUGUGAUCCAUAAUACUUACUAGGCUGGAAGUUAGCCUGCCAUUACAUUUUCUUUGCAAGUUGAAAGAUGCAUGGUACACCACAAUGUCAUGUGAUGGGCUAAUCUAAUGGUGCCUCGCUUCACAUAUGUCACAGAAUCAACUUCAGCAUGGCAAUGAAUUAUGAUAAUUAUAAUAACCAGAAUGACAAACCAGCUAGUCAAUUCCAUCAUGUUACAUAGAGAAAAAAUAAUCUCAUUCUUUACUUUUAUAUUUUAAAAUAUGACAAAAUAUGAACAAUAACUGUAUUAACUUUUCACCAGACAUGCAUUUUUAUCUUUAUAAUAAACGUUUUUGUCAAAAUGUAUAAUUUGAAGAUCAACUAAUUCUAUAGUUAAGACUGUAUGAAACUGGCUAUGGUAUUUUACAUAAUCUUUUUUUUUGCUUCUUUUGAUUAGUGAUUUGAAAGAUGAUGACUGACUAUUCUGAUUUUGGUAGAGUGAUUUCAAAGGAUUCUUUGAAUACAUAUUCUUUUUUCAAAAAACUUUUUUUUUAAAUGUGCCUUUCAAAGAUCAGGUCCUCUCAACAGAUAUUUAAACUGAAAAAAUUUUACUCCAAAUUCAUUUUCUUCUUGGUUGAUGACUACUUCUUACUAAUUGCUUUGUCUGCAUCUCAUCAAAGCAGAAGGUAUACUCUUCUUGCAACUGGGUAGUUGAUCUCAAUGAGGAGUUAUUGCAUUUUCUGUGAAAACAAUAAAAUCAUAGGGUUCAAUCCCAAGCUAUUUCCUUUCCUACAAUAUUCCCUCUGUGGCUAACCAGUUUAGUUUUCUUAGUGCUUAUUUUUAAAAAGCAAUGUAUCUCACAUUUUCUACUUCAUCUUAGGAGAAAACCUACUACAGGAUGAAAAGAACUUUUUUCCAAAUCUGAUAGAAAAAGUUCUUUGCUGAGUAUAAGUAAAUUUAUGUUAUUACAUAGAAAAAGUAAGACUUAAGGACUUGAAAUUUUAAUGUGAAAUAUGUCAAUUUUGAAUCAAUUCCUCAUAAGUUCAUGUCUGUAUAGAAACACAAGUGAAACUUAGGGAGAGAAAAUUCCAUAUAUUUGUAUAUGGAUUACUUUAUUGACAUUAUUAAUAUAAACCUUAAUGAACUAUGAGUGGUGAAUUCACUUUCCUGAACCCACAUUGAAUAUAAUGAAAUUAAGGAAGUGGAAUUCAAAAUUUUGAGUAGGGCAAAGGUUAAACUCUGAGUAGAAAUUAAAAUUGUUUUCUCAAGGGAAUAUUUACAACUGGUUGAAUUUAAUUUCAAUUGUUCUAAUUUUCCAUGAAUUCAGCUAAAACGUAUUCUUAUUUUUUAAUAAUAUGAUGGGAAAUUCUAUGAAAUAGGGAUUAGUUUGUUAGUUUCAGUUUGUUUUAAUAUGGCUUUUAAUUGUUCUCCUGGAUUUCCAGGAUGUCAUUUUUAUUUCUUGAAUCUCAUCAGUAUAUUUAAAUG